CCGCUUACGGUUAGUGCGGGACUGAAAGGUGCGGGACGAAAAAAGUAUCUAAGACCACGCGCCGAUAGUUCUUCCAGUCCAACUUUUGCCGCUAUAAAUCAUCUUCCCACCCACUACUCUCUUCUUUCUCAGUUCCAUCCUUCAUAGAAGACUAGAAUCUGGCUAAUUGACUCAACAUGUCUUCCUACGCCCUCCCCAAGUCUCACCAGGACCUUAUGGAGAAGUCUUUGGUGGAGACUGACCCUGAAGUUGCUCAGAUCAUGGAGAGAGAAGUCCAGCGCCAACGCGAAUCCAUCCUCCUCAUUGCUUCCGAAAAUGUCACCUCCCGCGCUGUCUUCGACGCGCUUGGUUCGCCCAUGUCGAACAAGUACUCAGAAGGAUAUCCCGGUGCCCGAUACUACGGCGGAAACGAGAACAUUGACGCUGUGGAGUUGUUGUGUCAGAAGCGAGCACUCCAGACCUUCGGACUUGACCCUGAGAAGUGGGGCGUCAAUGUACAGUGCUUGAGCGGUAGCCCAGCGAAUCUCCAGACAUACCAGGCCAUUAUGAGGCCACAUGAGAGGUUAAUGGGCUUGGAUCUGCCGCAUGGUGGACAUUUAAGCCACGGGUAUCAGACACCACAGAAGAAGAUCUCAGCCGUCUCUACCUACUUUGAGACCUUUCCUUACCGAGUCAGCCUCGACACCGGGCUCAUCGAUUAUGACCAACUCGAGCAAAAUGCCCUCAUGUACCGCCCGAAAGUCCUCGUCGCCGGAACCUCCGCCUACUGUCGCGAGAUCGACUACGCCCGCAUGCGCGAGAUCGCGGACAAGGUCGGCUGCUAUCUGAUGAUGGACAUGGCGCACAUUUCCGGCCUCAUCGCCGCCGGCGUGAACAAGUCUCCCUUCCCAUAUUGCGACCUCGUAACCACGACAACUCACAAAUCACUGCGUGGACCCCGUGGCGCCAUGAUCUUCUUUCGCAAAGGAGUACGCAAGACCGACCCUAAAACCGGAAAAGAGACGCUCUACGACCUCGAAGGCCCUAUCAAUUUCUCCGUCUUCCCUGGCCACCAGGGCGGGCCCCACAACCACACCAUCACCGCGCUCGCCGUUGCUCUCAAGCAGGCUCAGACGUCGGACUUCAAAGCAUAUCAAGAGCAAGUCAUCAAGAACGCAAAGACCCUUGAAGUCGUCUUCAAACAAUUGGGCUACAAGCUCGUAACCGACGGCACAGACAACCACAUGGUCCUCAUGGACCUGAAGCCCCUCGCUCUCGACGGCGCACGUGUCGAAGCUGUGCUUGAACAAGUUAAUAUCGCUUGCAACAAGAACACGACUCCCGGCGACAAGUCCGCGUUGACACCUAUGGGCAUUCGGAUCGGCGCGCCAGCCAUGACAUCUCGUGGUCUGGGCGAGGAAGAUUUCAAGAAGAUCGCCGGAUAUAUCGACACGUGCAUCAAACUGUGCAAGAAGAUCCAGGGCGAGCUGCCAAAGGAAGCGAACAAGCUGAAAGACUUCAAAGCCAAGGUCGCAUCGGGCGGAGUCGACGAGAUUAAUAGCUUGAAGAAGGAGAUUGCGGCUUGGGCUAGCACCUUCCCUCUGCCGGUCUAAAAUCCUUCCCCUCCAUGUUUUGUCUUUGGCUUCUAGUUCGUACUUUUUUGUUCAGUGUGGCUGGGGUUCAACACGGCUCGUGUAUUCACGGCGUUCGGGUUUAAGAAUUCUACGGAGAGGCUGGGGUGGCGUCGUUCAACAAAGGCCUGUCUGGCUGGCUGGCUGGCAUAUUCAACAUUUUGGGGAGUUGAUUUAAGCUAAAGAAAACUAGACUGAUACUCCUGGUCGCAUUCAUCAUGCUUAGAAACUGGGCGUUGUGGGUGGGGCACCUGUUAUGUGUAUGAUCAACUCUGAAAUUUUAUCAUCGUCAAUAUGAGAUAGUCGAUUUGCUGCUUAACCAGCGAGCGAUCAAAUGGCCCACUCAUCUAUUUAUACCAGUUUUGG